AUGCUGCCGAUGCUGCUGAGAGAGCCGAGAGCCGAGAGCGGAGGCCUGCUGGAGGGGAACAGAGAGCGGAGCCAAAAGCUGAGGCAUGGUGGCUUAUCGGGCGAGAAUCGAGAGAGGAGAACUGAGAAUGGAAGCACUGCUGGAGUGGAGAAGGGUGAGAAAAGAGAGCGGAGCAGCACAGAGAACGGAGAUAUGGUGGCUUAUCAGCACGGUGGCGGGCUCAAUUUGGAUGAUUGCUUCCAGUGCCCAGAAGAUCAGUAUCCAAAUAACGACCAGGAUUUAUGUUUGUCAAAGCAUAGUGUUGGCCAAGUAGAAAAAUGCAGGAGCACUGAGCCUGCAUCAAUUUCUCAUAAAUAUGAUCAAGCUGGGGACUUCAUUGUUGGUGGUGUAAUUUCUCAGACCUUCGUUAUGUCUGAAAGGAUGUCAUUCAGGUAUCAUCCCAGCAAGGAUGAUUUGGUAGAACACAUAUUAUUGUCACAGAGCUACCAACACAUCAUGGCUGUGGUUUUUGCUGUAAAGGACAUUAAUAAAAAUCCCCAGAUCUUAACCAAUAUCACACUAGGCUUCAACAUUUACAAUAACUAUUUUCUUCCAAGAUAUACUUGUAUUGCUGCUAUGGAACUCCUCUCUACACCAAACAGAUUCAUCCCUAAUUAUAAGUGUCACAAUCAGAAGAAUCUGAUUGCUGUCAUAGGAGGACCAAGUUCUAUUGAAUUUCUUGAUAUGGCUACCAUUAUGACAGCUUACAAGUUUGUGCAGGUUGCAUAUAGUUCUGUCCCAGAGACCAGUAGCAUUACGCAAAGUCAUUUCUUUUACUGGAUGCUCCCAAAGGCCAGUCAUCAAUAUCAUGGACUUCUCCAGCUCUUUUUGCAUUUUGGCUGGACCUGGAUUGGGAUGUUGUACAUUAAUAUCGGCAACAUAGCUGAGAACUUGCUGAGGAAUGUUAUUCCCAUGUUUUCCAGAGGUGGGAUCUGUUUUGAAUUCAUAGAAAAAAUGUCAAGUGAAUUUCUCAGUGAGAAUGAGAAGACACUGCGUACAUCAUACAACAUUUUAAGUAUUGUUUCGAAGAGUACAGCUAAAAUAGUGAUGUUUCUGGGGGGAUUUCAGAGUAUGCUAAGUUUAAGGAUUUUGCUCAGAUUUUCAGAACAUAAUGAUACGCCAUGUAACCCCAAGGUUUGGUUUAUGACAGCAGAGGUAGACUUCUCAUCCCUUCCUUUCCAAAGAUAUUGGGAUCUUAAUUUCAUUCAUGGCUCUAUAACGCUUGCAGUACACUCAAAACAAGUGUCGGCUUUCCAGAAAUUUGUUCAGAUGAGGAGCCCGGUUUUAGAUGAGGAAGAUGGAUUACUAAUUCAGUUUUGGCAACAGAUCUUUAACUGUUUGCUCCACAUUUCCAUCACAGAUGAAGAGGAUGACAACAUCUGCACUGGGGAGGAGAAACUAGAGAUUCUCCCUGUAUCUUUGUUUGAAACCAGCAUGACUGCCCACAGCUACAGUAUCUACAAUGCUGUUUAUGCAAUUGCACAUGCUUUGCAUGCCAUGUAUUCUUUCCAAGGCCGACAAAGAAGAAUAAUGAGAGAGAAUUUCCUGAGUCAACAGUCAUGGAGGCUUCACCACUUUCUGCAAAGUAUAUCUUUUAAUAACAGUGUUGGAGAAAAAAUUUCUUUUGACCAAAAUGGUGAACUGCUGGCAGGACUUGACAUCAUAAACUGGAUCACUUUCUCAAACCAGACCUUUCUCAGAAAGACAGUUGGAAAGAUAGACCCAUCAGCAACCACUGACAAAUGUUUGAUUAUUGAUGAACAUAAUGUGGUUUGGCCCAGCUGGUUUAAUCAGGAACGUCCUGUUUCACUUUGUAAUGAGAAGUGCAAGCCAGGUUACCGCAAGACCAAGAUCGAAGGGCGAUCGUUUUGUUGCUAUAACUGCACUCGAUGCCCAGAGGGAAAGAUCACCAAUCAGAUAGAUCGAGAUGACUGUUUCCAGUGCCCAGAAGAUCAAUAUCCAAACAACAAGCAGGAUUUAUGCGUGCCAAAGGAUAUAAGUUACUUAAGUUAUGAAGAACCUUUGGGGAUCAGUUUAGUGACCUUGGCUCUUGUGCUUUCUUUUAUCACAAUAUUGGUGCUGGGAAUCUUCAGGAAGUAUCACAACACUCCAAUCAUCAAAGCCAACAACCGCAGCCUCUCCUAUACCCUCCUCCUCUCCCUCCUCCUCUCCUUUCUUUGCUCUCUACUUUUCAUUGGUCAACCCAUGAAGAUGACUUGUCUCCUUCGACAGACUUCUUUUGGGAUCAUCUUCACUGUGGCUGUUUCUUGUAUGUUAGCCAAAACUGUCACCGUGGUGUUUGCGUUCAUGGCCACCAAGCCAGGAUCAAGGAUGAGGACAUGGGUUGGGAAAAGCCUAGCCCUUUCCAUUGUUCUCUCCUGCUCCUUUAUUCAAUUUCUUCUUUGUACUGUGUGGUUAGCAACCUCACCCCCUUUCCCAGACAUGGAUAAGCACUCUUUCAUUUCUGAAAUUGUUGUGGAAUGCAAUGAAGGGUCAGAUAUCAUGUUUUAUAGUGUGCUAUCAUUUAUGGGUUUCCUGGCUAUAGUCAGUUUUAUUGCAGCUUUCCUUGCUAGGAAGUUACCAGACACUUUCCAGGAAACCAAAUCUAUCACAUUCAGCAUGCUGGUUUUUUGUAGUGUCUGGUUGUCCUUUGUCCCAGCCUACGUGAGCACCAAAGGCAAAUACAUGGUAGCUGUGGAGAUCUUCUCCCUCCUGGCCUCCAGCACUGGGCUUCUGGCUUGUGUCUUUUUCCCCAAAUGCUACAUUAUCGUCAUGAGGCCUCAUCUGAAUAAAAGGGAGCAUCUCAUAAAGAGAACUGUUUAAGCAAUCUUGCCUUUUGUUUUUGUCCAACAUGGGAAUAGCACAAUGAGAUAAAUCCCUUAAGGCAUCAAUUUUGAGAGGUACAUUAAAGGUCAGAUAGCCAAUUUUCAUGGUGCUUGGAACAGAUCCAGAGCAUCAGUCAAAGAUAUAACUAGUAUGUUAUAUAUAAUAGUUAUAUAACUAUCAUUUCUUUUAUGUACACUGAGAGCAU